GAUAUUAGUGUAGUCAGAAUAAUGAUGGCGCCUCUGCUCCUGCAAGUCAAUGCCUCUUAUUAAUCUCUUGUUGACGCUUUCCCUCCCCCGUGGCCCCCACCAUUCUCCUCCUCCUCUUCCCUCCCCCACCCUCCCCUCCCCACGCGUCUUCCCCACCCCUCUAUUUUCCCUUUCCAUUCUCCAGCGCGUGACAUUGCUCACCGUAAACAAAGACACACACCAAGGUCUGGUCUUUGCCACAUUUCUCACCAAAACACGCACCAAGUAGCAAACUCUCUUCUCCUCAUCAUCUUCGUCUUGUGCUCUCUCAACCCUCAGCUCUCAACUCAAUCAUCCAUGGCUUCUGUAUCUCCCAGGCACCAAGAGAACACUAAUGCCAACCCCUCUUCUCCUUUCGUCACUUCUCCCCCCGUCGCCGGCAACGGAGUCCAGCCCCACCAAGUUGCCCCUCCGAAGCCCAUCACCAGAUCCGAAUCCGCCGCCCCUUAUCCCACUACCUUCGUCCAGGCCAAUACCUCCUCCUUCAAGCAGGUUGUCCAAAUGCUCACCGGAUCCUCCGACACCGUCAAGCACGCCUCCGCUUCCAAGCCCGCCUCCGAUUCCAAGACCCACAUCCCCCCGAUCAAAUCCAUCCCCAAGAAGCAGCAGCAGCAGCAGCAAUCCGGCUUAGAGCUCUACAAGCGCAGGAAAUCCCUCAAGAAUCUCAACAUCAGCCCCUUGAUUCCUUCUUUCGGGUCCGGAUUUUCGCCCCGAAAGCCCGACAUCCUCUCCCCCAGCAUCCUUGACUUUCCGUCCCUCGUCCUCAGCCCCGUCACGCCGCUCCUCCCCGACCCCUUUGAUCGCUCCGCCCCCGGGACCGGAAGCCCUGGCUUGGAUAGGGAGGCGGAGGAGAGAGCCAUCAAAGAGAAGGGUUUUUUCUUGCAUCCUUCGCCGGGGACCACUCCCAGGGAUGCCGAGCCUCGAUUACUGUCUCUGUUCCCGACCACAUCUCCCAGAGCUUCAGGUUCUUCAUCAUCUUCUUGAUUCAAUUUUUUUGGGGUGCAAGAUUAUCAUAUAUAUAUAUAUAUAUAGAUGAACGGGCAUUGGAUAGGAGGAGGAGGAGGAGGAGGAAGAGGAGGAGGGAUGACAUUUGUAAUAACGGAGGAAUUAAUGUUUUGCUUCGUCCAUUGUUUGUAUAAUAGUAACUUUUUUGUUCUGGUCAAUAAAACUCUCUUGUGAAUUAGAAGGAAGGUUGGUCAAUGGUUAGUUAGUUACCACAUUUACUGGGUUUCCUUUACAGUCAAAUUCUUCAGUUACUACUUACUACUAUUUCGUCAUGGCCUGGUGGGCAUUAAUAAUUGACCCAAUAAGGAAUUUAUUGAAGUUGAUAAACUAGCUAUUUAGAUGUGAAGAAUAAAUGCAGAGAGUGGAGAGGGUGGGUGAGAAAAGAAAAAAGAGGUAUUGGAUUGGAAGAAGAUGAAUGGAGUUGGUGAGAAGCAUUGUAAAAUGAAGGAAUCUAGAGGAGAGACUUUGAUGUGUUUCAGAUUAAUCUCAGAACGUGAGAGAGAGAGAGAGAGAGAGACCCAGGCAUGCAUCCAGCUGGGUUGGACGCCAUUUCUAGUCGCCAGCUCUCAAUUGGAUCAAAUUAGAUGACAACGAAAACAACAUUCAAAACUAAACGUUGAUGGAUUAAUUCAUGGGUGAUGGUGGGUGAUUACAUUAAUGGGGAAAUUGAAAUAGAAAGGAGAACAUGUGCCAUGUUCUGAAUCCUACUGGCAUGAAGAUGCCCCAUUUCAAAGGUCGUCUUCUUCUUCUCUCUCUCUCUCUCUAUCAGCGUUUGGAGGAAAUAGACGAGAGAGAGAGGGAAAGUGUGUGUGUCUCGCAAGUGGUGGGUUUUCAUUUGGAAACGAACAAGAAUUUUUAUCAUUAUUCAUAUCUAUGAUGAUUCCUUUGUGAUUUUCUUUCACAUGGCUUUGAUAUUUCUAUUAUUUUAUUUCUUAUUUGAUUUGACCACACAUCCAUCAUGUCAUAUUUGACUAUCUCUCUUUGAAUUCUUGAACGCUGCCAUUAUUACUUCCUUAUUGCUUCUUAA